UCAGCGACUACUCCUCCUCAGUCCCCUCCACCCCCAGCAUCAGCCAGCGAGAGCUGCGGAUCGAGACCAUCGCUGCCUCCAACACGCCCACCCCCAUCCGCAAGCAGUCCAAGCGCCGCUCCAACAUCUUUACAUCUCGGAAAGGCUCAGACCUGGAGCGGGAGAAGAAAGCCCUGGACUGUAAGGCGGACAGUAUCGGCAGCGGGCGGGCCAUCCCCAUGAAGCAGGGAGUUCUCCUGAAGCGCAGUGGCAAGUCUCUGAACAAGGAGUGGAAGAAGAAGUACGUCACUCUGUGCGACAACGGAGUCCUGACCUACCACCCCAGCCUUCACGACUACAUGCAGAACGUCCAUGGGAAGGAGAUUGACCUGCUGAGGACCACAGUGAAGGUGCCGGGCAAGAGGCUUCCUCGGGCAACCACCAGCAGCGGCCCCAGCGCCAGCCCCAAAGCCAACGGCCUGGCCAAGGAGCGCGGCGGCAGCGGAGGCAGCGGCCAGUUUCCGGGAGGCUCCAGUGCGCCCCACUCGGCCAGCAGCACCUCCCUGCACUCGGAGCGCUCCAGCGGCGGCGGGCACCUGCUGGGCUUGGGCGCGCGGGCCGAGGGUCUGCACCAGCGCUCCUUCUCCGUCUCCAGCGCCGACCAGUGGAGCGAGGCUGUGGCCGCCCCCAGCAGCAGCAACAGCGGCAGCGGCAGCAGCGCGCCCACCGCUGCCAACGGCCCCCCAGACUCCCUCGCCUCCAGCCCCAGCAUGUCCAGUGGUGUCAGUCCCAAGGUCGAGCCCCCACCGUCUCCCCACGCCAACCGGAAGAAGCACCGACGGAAAAAGAGCACGGGCAGCAGCCGGCCCGAGGGGGCCAACUCUGUGGCUGAAGAGCAAGAGGAGUCCUCCUUUGAGUUCGUCAUCGUGUCUCUGACGGGCCAGACGUGGCUCUUCGAAGCCUCCACGCAGGAGGAGCGCGAGCUCUGGGUGCAGGCCGUCGAGAGCCAGAUCCUCGCCAGCCUCCAGAGCUGUGAGAGCACCAAGAACAAGGCUCGGCUGGGCAGCCACAGCGAUGCGCUCGCCCUGCAGUCCAUCCGCACGGUGCGAGGGAACAGCUUCUGCGUAGACUGCGAUGCGCCCAACCCUGAUUGGGCCAGCCUGAACCUGGGAGCCCUCGUCUGCAUCGAGUGCUCAGGCAUCCACCGCAACCUGGGCACACACCUGUCGCGUGUCCGCUCCCUCCACCUGGAUGACUGGCCCCUGGAGUUGGUGGCAGUGAUGACGGCCAUUGGAAACACGCUGGCCAAUUCCAUUUGGGAAAGUGCCACGGAGAGCUACCCCAAGCCGGGUUCGGAGAGCUCCAGGGAGGAGAAGGAGCGCUGGAUCCGUGCCAAGUACGAGCAGAAGCGCUUCCUGGCCCCCUUGCCGCACUCAGAUAUCCCCCUGGGGCAGCAGUUGCUCUUCAAACGGGCGAGAGUGGAGAAGGACGGACCUGCGCGAGUGCGUGCAUUAGUCCACGCCAUGCUGGCACACGGCACCAAGGAGGAGGUGAACGAGACCUACGGAGACGGGGACGGGAGGACCGCCCUGCAUCUCUCCAGCGCCAUGGCGAACGUGGUCUGCACCCAGCUCCUCAUCUGGUACGGAGUGGAUGUGAGAAGCCGGGAUGCCCGAGGACUGACCGCUCUCGCCUACGCCCGCCGUGCCGGCAGCCAGGAAUGUGUGGACAUCUUGCUCCAGCACGGAUGCCCCAGCGACGCCACCAUGGCUUCCCUGACCCCCAGCCUGCCCCGCCGAAACAUCAACAACAACUCCUCCUCUUCCUCAAGCGGCCUGCCCCUGGACCCUUGCCCCGGGGCCCACUGAGCGUGGGCAGACCACAGCUCUGCUGCCCAAGUGCUCUCUGCCAACUCCCCUUGCCCUCCGCCUGCAGCUGUAUGCCAGUUUGUGUCCCUGGCGCUGCGUUGGCGUGAGGCUGGUCUUGGGCUGGUCCCCUGGGGCAGGGACACCAUCUCAGCCGCCCUCGAAAACCAGGUGGGGGAGAGUGGGGUCCCAGGGCUGUUUGGAACCAGCCACCCAGCUCUCCCCUCCCUCCUGCAAGACAAAGGGAAGAUGGGGCCACGAAGGCCCUCGGCAAAGGGAAGCCUCUCUCGGUCCCCAUGUGUCCCACUCUGGCCGCCGCCCCUUCUGCCACACUGUGUCCACGGCGGGGGGGGGGGGGGGACUUGCAGACCGGCUGCUUUCGAUGUGACUCCCGUCAGCCCAGCCCCCUCCGCCUGCCUAAGUCUCUUGUGUAUAAAAUGUACAUUGGAAAUAUUUAUAUGAAGUUCUGUAAAUAAGGUUUCUUUGCUCCUUGUGUGCCUGUCUGUCUGUGUGUGUGUGCGUGAGAGAGAGAGAGAGAGAGAGAGAGAAUGUGGGACGGACGCGCAGCCACAGAGCAGCUGCCCAAUAAAGUCACCGCCCUGUUUCUGCCCACAACGGC